GUACCGUUGAAUAUACAUCGGUGUUAUAGUGGUGGUAGUGUGUACGCAAAGUUCCAUUCACCGGUACACCGCCACCACCUAUAUACUGUGCGUAUGUGCCCCCUCAACGGUUCGUGAAAUGUCGCCGUCGUACAAGCCCACUUUACGGUUUUCCCACUCCGUCCGAAGUAUCUCGUUUUGCCUGCAUCCGUCUUCUCCACCCGCCGCGUAGCAACGAUAACACUAUACUUAUACUACGCGCGAAGUUUUCAGUCAUUCAGUGUACUCUCAUCUCAACAGUCGACCGCCGUAGCUUUAUCGUCUUCCGCAUCGACACUGGUGUGCGCGAUCGUAACGCGGUUUCUCCGUCCGUCAUAUUUGACAGCGUUUGCCGAUAAUAAUUUACCUUGCGACACGUGUGUGUUUGCGUACUGUGUUUACUUGACGAUCGAAGAACGGACACGGAUAUCUGUCGAUCAGUUUUUGACAAUAUUAUGCUUCAACCCGCGCAAAUGGUACCUUCGUCUGAUAUCUACAACGAUUCGAGCUCGUCCGUUUGCCGCGAUUGUCUGGACCCUGUAGGCUUGUGCACUUGUAGCUGGCAAAUCAUGCAGUUGGACGCCAGCUACAGCAUUUAUACUACGCUAAACGAUGACACGACCAAACGGCCACCCUCCACGACGUCUUCAUUCUUUAGCGACUUGCAAAAGUUGGAUGGUCUCAAUUGUGGUGGUAUACCUACACGUACAACACCAACUUUAACACCAACUACACUUCGUACCAUAGCUGCUGAUAUAGCUAGUUUGUCACCUGGUCCACCUGAAAAUUUUGCAACAGCAGCAUCCGACCUGCAUCACCUUGUGUCGUCUUCGUGUUCUACUAUAAACACAUCAACUUUAGGAGCUUCAGAUCGUACUGAUUUACAAGAACAUGUUACUAUACAGAAUUUAAGCAAUCAAACAAUUAGUCUUCAAAGCCUUAAUAAUCAACAUAUUAAUCUAAAUAAUGUACAAAACCAUCCAAAUAGUUUAAACCAACAACAGCGUAAUGAGUAUAAUAAUUCUUUUUCAACGGCUGCAUCAAGGCAGGCUGGUUUUGUGCCACCACUAGUAUUGCAAAUCAAUUCCAGUAACCCUAGUGCUCAACAAUCAUCAGGUUCAACAAUUUUAUUAAAUAAUAACAGUUCUGGUGCAAGCUCUAUAUUUAGUGCAAAAGGUUCAUCUACUUCAGCAUCAUCUUCACACUGGCAAGGAGUUGUAGUUACCCAAAGGCCUCAGAAUAGAGCCCGUAGUGUAACAAAACGACAAUUUACAGAUGAUGAAGAAGGUGAUGAUGAUUAUGAUUCUGCUGCUGAUGAUGGAACAGAUAGUAGUGAUACAACUUCUGGUAAAAUGACACGCAAACAAAAUACUAAAAAUAACAAAUCAAAUUCAAAGAAUAGUAUUAAAAGUGAAUUCAAGAAUAAUACAGCCAGUUCAGGAGGUGGCCGUCGUACAAAUAAUAAAGACAAUAAAACGAUGUCAGCUGAAGAAGAACAACGUCGCCAGGUCCGAAGAGAACGUAAUAAGCUGGCGGCAGCUCGUUGUCGUAAACGCAGAAUGGAUCAUACAAAUGAACUUUUAGAGGAAACUGGACAGUUAGAAGAUAAAAGGAUGAGAUUGCAAGUUGAAAUUGAAGGCCUUCGUCAACAAAAAACAGAUUUACAACAGAUGUUAGCACAGCACAAAUGUGCUGUAAAUAUGAACAAUGUACAGUUGUCAAAUUCCAUUACAUCUGUAAAUCAAGCUACAAUAUUAGAUUCAAAUGAAAUUUCUGAAACAAAACCCAUUGUAUUAAGUAAUCAUUUAUCAUCAAUUAAGGGAAUUCCAUUACAACAAAAUAUUAGUACAAACAUAGUGAUCAGUGAUAAUGAUAGUAAUAAUGUUGAUGAUAUUAUAAUAAAGCAUGAAGAUAAUUCUAUUAUACAAACUGAAAUUGAUUCAAAGGAUUCCAUAAAUAUUAUUCCUACUUCUGUAAUGCAACAGUCUCAUAGAAGACGGCCCACUACUUUAUUGCAACUUAACAAUGGUAAUUUUGGUAAUAAUAAAAAAAUAUCUGAAAAUGGCUCAACUGGUGUAGUAGUAUUGAAUUUUGAUUCACUCAUGGAUGGUGGCACGGGAUUAACACCUGUCGCAUCUAGUGGCGGAAGUGUUCAAAACCAUCAUCAACAAGUUCAACAUAGUAGCACAGGGAAUGGUGGUGUAAAUACUGACAAUAACAGUGUUUUAUCAUAAAAACAAAA